UUCGUGUAUGCAUGUAAAUGUGAAAAAAUAUCAAACAUGGAUAGUCAAACAGUUGAUAAAUUAGCCACUGGAUUGUUAAACGAGUUUAUAAGUUUAAACAAAUUAGAAGUAAAACUUUCAAAGUUAUUAGAUAAACAAAAUGAUAUGUUAAAUCAUAAGUUGGAUGACUUAAAAAGCAUUUAUAUUCAACAUUCAGAUGAAGAAAUUGCAGAAGUUAGUUUUAUGAUGAAAAAAAUAGCUAUUUAUCGUACGAAAGUAAAAAAUCUAAGAAGUGACAUGCUUUACAUUUGUCAACGAGUAGCCGAGCUUAAGAAGAAAUCUAUAGAAAUCCAAACAUUGAAAGUUGAACAAAAAGCUGAAAGAGUGAAGCGUUGUGACUAUGAAGUUGGACUCAUUCCAAAGAAGAAACCUGAAAAUGUGAAUAAAUAA